AUGGACGAAUCAGAAGAUUUAACGGGUCAAUGGAGAUUUGCCCAAUGUUUUGGCGACAAGGGUGAUGCUGAGGACAUUACAGAGGCUGAUAUAAUUUCAGCCGUAGAAUUUGAUCAUUCAGGUGACUACCUUGCGACUGGCGAUAAGGGAGGACGAGUAGUAUUAUUCGAACGGAACCAUUCCAAAAAAGGCUGCGAAUACAAAUUUUUCACUGAAUUUCAAAGUCACGAACCAGAGUUUGACUACUUAAAGUCGCUGGAGAUCGAGGAAAAAAUUAACAAAAUUCGUUGGUGUCGUCGAACCAAUCGAGCACACUUCUUGUUGUCUACAAAUGACAAGACAAUAAAGUUAUGGAAGCUUUAUGAAAAAAACCUAAAGGUUGUUGCAGAAAACAACCUUUCUGACGAAUUUCGUCACCCUCGGCCUUUGCUAAAGCCCUUUACUCUACCCAUGCAGCUAAAGCUUCCUCGCCUCAGUCAUCAUGAUACGAUUGUUGCUGCAUAUCCUCGUCGAGUGUAUUCCAAUGCCCAUGCCUACCACAUCAACUCAAUCAGCGUGAAUUCUGAUGCUGAGACCUACAUUUCAGCAGAUGACCUUCGCAUCAAUCUAUGGAACUUGGGCAUAUCAGAUCAUUCUUUCAAUAUUGUGGACAUUAAGCCCGACAACAUGGAGGAACUAACAGAAGUCAUCACCAGUGCUGAUUUUCAUCCAGUCAAUUGUAACCAUUUAAUGUACAGUAGUAGCAAAGGUAAUAUCAAACUUUUAGACCUUCGUCAAUCCGCUCUUUGUGAUAAUCAUACGAAGCUUUUUGAAGAUCAAGGGGAUCAGGAUUCGAAGAGCUUUUUUUCCGAAAUCAUUUCUAGCAUUUCAGACAUCAAGUUCUCUCAAAACGGCCGUUAUAUUUUGUCUAGAGAUUAUCUUUCGUUAAAGAUUUGGGAUAUAAAUAUGGAAAAGAUGCCAGUGAAAACAAUACCUCUUCAUGAUGUGUUGAGAUCAAAGCUCUGUGAUCUUUAUGAAAAUGACUGUAUCUUUGACAAGUUUGAAUGCACCUUCUCUGGAGAUGGAAAGCAUGCUUUGUCAGGAAGUUACAGUAACAAUUUUGGUAUUUAUCCUACGGAUAGCUCUAAACUUGGUGACGAAGGUCAAGUUGUUUUACAAGCAGACAAGGCUGCUUUUCGAGCUAGAAAAUCAGCCGCAAGCUCUACGGUCAAACUAAAUUCUAUGAAGAAUAACGAUUGGGAUCCCAGGUCACCUGCUCCCAUGGGCUCCGGUUCCAUUGGACUUGAUCCCGAUCAACUUGAUUACAAUAAGAAGAUUAUGCAUGCCAGCUGGCAUCCUUUCGAAGACUCCGUUGCCAUUGCCGCAACAAAUAAUUUGUUUGUAUUUAGCAAGCUCUAA